CUUGUUUCAAAAACUCUAUGCCGUGUCUAGACGUCAGCACUACUGCUUGCAUAUACAAAUCUACAGAUAAGGUAGUAUGUUGUCCAUGGUUGUCCAUGGGUCGUGAACUAGUAAACAAACUGAACCUUGGAACCGAGACCCAGAGACGCGACCAUUAUGCGCAGUCCCGUGACUUGGCCGCUGGGUUGACUUCAAUGAUAUCACCCUGCUGCCGAUCCUCCUCAUUCACCUUGCUUUUUGCUUGCAAGGUUGAUUCCCACAUUUCCCAAACUACACGUGUGAGAUUUCACCAAUUAUUCCACCCUGCGCUUGGGUCCCUAUCUCCAGAGAUAAUCUAUUUUCGAGCUACAGUACAUACACAGCCCUUAUCAAAACCCUCCCCUUCCCUUUUUGAGGGUAGUCUACUGAUUAUCUCGACCUGGGAGCGAUCGGCAGAGCUAUUAGUCGUGCUAAUGACCAAAGCACCUGUAGCUCGACGACUAACAGAACUCACUUGACACUAACAGCCUUACUCUCGCAUGGCUGCUCACUGACUAAACCCAGUCCGGACUAACCUCGCCUUUCUAUUCGUCCAUCCACCGCAUUCUUGGCGUUUGCCGCCCGCGCUCCAUGUGCGUGGUUCCAAAGUCUGACAUUUACUGGCACCCCAUUAACUCUCUUAUUUAUUCAAGUCAUAAAAUAAUUAUCCAC